UGCCUGACAGCCGCUCCCCGUGAGUGACGCCCCGGCAGGAGCCUCAUCAGUGUCCACACACACCGGCCACAUGCUGCGUCGUUUCCUUACCCUCUGUUCGCCGGCAGCAGGAAGCCUGUUUUCCGCAUUUUUCCUGCCAUUUCGGUUCACACACAGCAAUCUUCUUCAGUGGGUAGCACUCGAUCAACAGCACGCGCCACCAUCAUGAAGUUGGUGUUCCUCCUCCUCUUCCUCCUCUCGUGGAUCUUCUGCCCGCUUUGUCUCGCCAACAUCGACGCCAAAAGUGAGUUUGUGUCCUUGGCGGAGAUGGAGGAUGCUCUGCUGAGGAACCUUUUCCAAGGUUACCAGCGCUGGGUCAGGCCCAUCCUACGAGCCAAUGACACAAUUAGAGUUCGCUUUGGACUCAAGAUCUCUCAGCUGGUUGAUGUGGAUGAGAAGAACCAGCUCAUGACAACUAAUGUUUGGCUUUGUCAGGAGUGGAUUGAUUACAAGCUGCGAUGGAAUCCAGAGAAGUAUGGAGGAAUUACAUCUAUCAGAGUUCCCUCUGAAAAUAUCUGGCUUCCAGACAUCGUCCUUUAUGAGAAUGCUGAUGGGCGGUUUGAAGGUUCCCUGAUGACCAAAGCCAUUGUCAGGUACAAUGGUAUGAUUACAUGGACGCCACCUGCAAGCUACAAAUCCGCCUGCGCCAUGGAUGUUACCUUUUUUCCAUUUGACCGCCAGAACUGCACUAUGAAGUUUGGCUCCUGGACUUAUGAUGGACACAUGGUGGACCUGGUUUUGAUGGACUUCCAAGUAGAUCGUAAGGAUUUUUUCGAUAAUGGAGAGUGGGAGAUCCUCAGUGCCACUGGUGCCAGAGGAAACAGGAAGGACGGCUUGUAUUCAUACCCUUUCAUUACAUAUUCUUUUAUUCUGAAGAGGCUCCCUCUGUUCUACACGCUCUUCCUCAUCAUCCCUUGUUUGGGUUUGUCCUUUCUAACGGUCUUGGUGUUUUACCUUCCGUCGGAUGAAGGAGAGAAGCUGUCACUUUCUACCUCUGUCCUUGUGUCCCUCACUGUGUUCCUCCUAGUCAUAGAGGAGAUCAUCCCUUCCUCUUCUAAGGUGAUACCGCUGAUUGGAGAAUACCUGCUUUUCAUCAUGAUCUUCGUCACGCUCUCAAUCAUCGUCACUGUCUUUGUCAUCAAUGUCCACCACCGCUCUUCAGCCACCUACCACCCGAUGUCACCGUGGGUUCGUGAUCUCUUCCUCCAGAAACUGCCAAAGUUGCUAUGCAUGCGUGGACACAUCGACCGCUACCACUACCCAGAGCUGGCUCCUGAAAGCCCUGAGCUGAAGCCUCGCUCUGGAGGUCGGAGAGGAGGGCAAAGGGGCGGAGCCCACGGUCAGGUGACUUCCGUGGGGAAGGAAGACGAAGCCUGUGCGUCCAUGAUGGAGAAGGCCAUCUAUUCAGUGCGGUAUAUCAGCAGACACAUCCGCAAGGAGCACUUCAUUCGUGAGGUGGUACAAGACUGGAAGUUUGUGGCCCAGGUGUUGGACAGGAUAUUCCUGUGGGCUUUUCUAUCCGUCUCAGUGCUGGGCACCAUCCUCAUCUUCACCCCAGCGCUGUAUAUGUUCUUCAGGAUUCCUCCUCCAACUGCAAGCGAGACUCCACCUUUACACUAGUGGCAGUAACAUACUGCUGAUCUACCUUCAAGAAUCUGUUACACUGUUACUUUGACUGUUUAAGUUGUCAGUAUUUGUACAAUUGAUUUGAAUUUUAUCUCAUGUUUUGAUUGUAUUUAAGUAAGAAAUGCUUGUUCAAGGUUGCAUUAUGUGUUCCAUUUCAAAUUGUUACUAAAAAUCGUUGUUGUGAUUUUAAGGGCAAUAACACUACUAGUAUCAUUGGUUACACAUGCUGGUCAUUUGAACAAGGUAUUUAAACUGAAAUUUAAAAAAAAGCUUGGGGAAUAAACAUUUAAUUUAUUAAAAAA